AUGAAGAGGGGCAUUUCAAAGUAUCGAAUAGCGCUAAUCUUAUUUGCGAAUGUCGCGCAUGCGGCUACUCUCAACGACAAUGAUUGGGAUCGUCCAUUGUUGAAGCCAAAAGACUCCGGAGCCGCCAAAACUGACGACCUCCCAAACUACGAUGACUUCCGCGAGUCGGAGUUCUCGGUAGAGUCGCAGUACUUCGACUCGCCGGCGAUGCACUCUGAUGUGCGUGUUGGGAUGCGGCCCUCGCGCGAUCAUACGCUCUGCGAUCUUCCUUGGAAAUGUGAACGACCUUGUCCUGUCGGUUAUUUUAGGUUAUCCGGAAUGGGCGAGUGCAGGAAGUGGCUAACUUGUGAUGAUUGGGCUGACCUGGACAAGAACCGGACCUACCUCACUCAGGGAUCCAUGAAGCGCGUCUUCAAAACAAACUGGAACGGAACUCCACUUAUCCUCGCUAGGGUCAAAAGGACCGUCCUGUUGGAGUAUCACCCGCACGGGCGGCUAGGAAACCUGCCAGAUGUUUUGGAAAUGUCACCUCAGCUGGCUCAACCGCAUUUGCUCAUGCGUCUCCUGCUUGACUAUGCUUCUAUCCUCUCUGUCCUCCAUCACAUGGAACCUGAGGUGCCGUCCCUCGCUCAAUGGAUUCUCGAAUGGGCUGGCGAAGACGGUCGGGAGCUCCUACUCCUCCUCGACCCGCUGCACAAGCGAUGCAAAGCCGCGAUCCCAGCUGAUCGACCAAGCGCUCUAGAAAUUCUCGCCGAGUACCGUCAAGUCUACGAUUUAGCUCUUGCCCGCGAUCAAGAAGACGGCUUUUCAGCGAUUUCUUCCAACGAUCUCUAA